AUGACCAACGCGCCCAGCACCAACGCUAACGCCAACGCCAACGCGACUGCGACCAGCGGCGCCGACGAUGUGGGCAAUCCGGUUCCCGCGCCGACCUCCGUGGACGCACUCGCCGCCGCCGCCGCGCCGUCUAAGAAGGAGACCAGUCUCCGGGAGUUUCUAGGGAAGAUGGAUGAAUAUGCACCUAUUAUUCCCGACGCCGUAACAGCACACUACCUCACGCUGGCGGGCCUCCCACCCCCCGGCAACGGCCCCAACCAGACCCCGCCGCACCUCGCGCGCCUCCUCGCCCUCGCCACCCAGAAGUUCAUCGCCGAUAUCGCGGCGGACUCGUACCAGUACGCUCGCAUCCGCGCGUCCAACAGCUCCUCCGCCAACAACCCGAUGGGCAGUUUGAACGCCGCCUCGGGGUUGGGCAUGCCCGGUGGUGCCGGGGGUGUCGGGUCGACAGGCGCGGCGACGGGCCCGUCGGGUGGAGAGGCAGGCAAGGGGAAGGCGGGCACACAUCUGGGCAUCCAGAGGCCCGGAUUCGGCGGUGGAGGGUCCGGAGGUUCGGGUCAAGGUCGGACGGUGCUCACCAUGGAGGAUUUGGGCAUGGCGGUUGCGGAGUAUGGGGUUAGCGUUAAGAGGGGGGAGUUCUAUCGGUGA